AUAAUUAAUCGUAUUAAAGAGUGGUAUCAUUUGAAAGUGAAUAGUCAUGGGUAAAGGUAAUAAACACAUGAAACGUUUGAAAUCGGAGAAGGCGAAAGUAAAAUUGAAAACGAAGAAAACGAAGAAUUUACCAAAGGGAUUAAACGUCACGGAUCCUUCGUUCAAAGUUAAAAAAAUCGUAAUUAGGGAGCAAUUAAAGCAGAACGAUGAAACAGAGAUUUUGAGUAAAAGGAAGCUUAAUGUUAAGGAUUUAUUAGGACGCCUUCAACACCAUAACUCGACAGUUCGUCAAGAUGCUGUGAAAGAGUUAAAGGAACUUUUAUCGGAACAUUCGUUAAAAUUGUUAAGUUCACAAUUCGGGAUCUUGUUAGAAGGCAUUUGCACGUUAUCUCUGGAUAAAGAGAAAGCCAUCAGACAUAAUUCUUUCAAAGUUUUAAGUUUAAUUCUUGGCCCAGUUUCCGGGGAUCAACUUAAUCCGUACUGCGACGUUAUAAUAUCGUAUUUGAGAUGCGCCAUGACGCACAUAGAUCCACGUAUCAAAGAAGAUUCUCUGCUUUUCUUAGACGUACUCGUGCAACAUUGCGGCAGCGUAUUGGCAAGAAACAGCUACAAAAUACUUCCAAACUUUUUAGAUAUGAUUUCCAGGUUGCAGACCGAAUUAAAACCUGGAAGACAACUAGUUACUACUUUAAACUCUAAAAAUACGAACGUCAAAUGGAGAAUAAAAGUAUUGGAAAGACUCGCCACCAUAUUUAGCUCUAUCGUUAACUUUUUUAAAUCUGAGCAAACCGUUAAUUCGAAUGCACGCGGCCAAGUUGUACACGUAGAUAAAACUACUGGAUACGUUCCUGUUUACACGAGUUUGAACGUUCAAAACUGUGAAAUCGAUUUCGAAUUAGACGAUAGUUCAAGAGAGAAUAUGGUCGAAGUAAGUUUGGAUGGUGAGGAACUUAGGAAAUACAUAGAACUGUUAAUGUCAUUGAUAUUCGAUAGUUGGAUCGAAGUGUGUCCGGAUGAUAAAAAUUCCGACGAUUCUGCAUUUUUAAUUUCAACGGAGGCUUCCGAAUUGCUGAAGAGUAUCGUAGAAAUAAUACAGUUAGUAACCGAAUGUAUAGACAUAUUACACACCGAAUGCGACGUAAACAUGAAGUGUUGGUUCAAAAAGAAUUUUCAGCAUACGUACGAAAAGAAUUUACUAUCAAAAUUUCCAUACAGUAAGCUGGAGGUAACUUUUCUAGGAAAAACAAAACGUCAAGAAGAUUUUUCUGCGGAUGAAUCGCGCGAUGCUUGUUUAGGAGCCAAUUUAGGUCUUUGUCAGAUUUAUGUAUGGUUUACAUCUAUACAUAGCAACGAGAAAACUACAGCGAAAUUUAAUAAAAAUUAUUGCGUAUCUGUCGUGAAGUAUUUAAAUGGAAAACUUGACAAUUGGUCAAGCCUAAAUAACGGUGUAUUACCGGUGUUGACUAAACUUUUAAGAAUAUUGUUUUUAAGCGCGAGUAAAGUUUGGUACAAAAAUCGUCUGGAUUUAAGAGAAACGCUGCAAUCUGUGGUAAACGCGUGUUGCGAUCGAUCAAAUAAGGAUAUGCAAUUGCAACUAUUUUCUGUGAUCAGCGAGAUCAUGUUAGACCAUACUUUGCACGAAUUGCAUAGGGAAUGCGCGUUUAAAGAUUUUAUCUCGACUUUGCCGAGUGUUCUUUUGAAGGGAAAAAUACACGACAAUACGGUGCAGAUAAUAAAUAAAAUUGUACUCCGGUACAAAGACUGGAUUCAGCGAGAGCUUAUAGCCAAUCACGAGGAUAUUAUAGAGAAUGCUUCGAAAAUUCAAGUGAUCGGAUCCGACGACGUGAAGCGAUCUCGUCUGAUGAUAUGUAAUUUGUUUUAUUUUUUAGACGCUCAAAUUUUCUAUUAAGAUUUUUUAUUGAAAGUUUCAAUUAAAAUAAACACGUAGAUUUUCCACUUAUCUACACGUAGACUUCUUUCUGUU